GAGCGCUUCGCUUCGCACUCGGAGGAGCCGCCGCCGCUGCAGGAGAGACGCCGCUGAGAGCUCCGACUCUGAGGGUCCAGAAACUCAGUUUUUCCACACAGUAGCUGUAUUUAUAUAUUUUUAUAUCGUGUAACACAUUCUACCUCAACUGCCAAGGGACCUGCGGGGUUUUUGAAGGCUUUACGCUCUUCCUGUUUACAGUACUUCGCCGCAGAUCCUUUAAUUUUGCACCUGUGAACAUUAUGACUGACCUUUGUUAGUGGUGUUCUUCACACGAGAAGAAGAAACUAAUGCACUUCAGCACCUUUUCGGAGACCUCUGUUAGCGGCUUCAGCAGCUGAUGACCAAAGAGCUCCUUCCUCAGCCACUAGCAGGCCCACUCCUCUCCCAGCAGCCUCACCAUGUUCCAGAGGUUCACCAGCAUCCUGUUUGGAGACGCCUUGGAGGAGGCCAGUGGAUGUCCUGCAGAUCUGGACUUUAAUGAAAAUGAAGACGACGAGGAGUGGAUCCUUGUUGAUUACCUUGCGGAGGCUUGCUCCAGUGCCUGCGGGGAUGGGCUGGUGGAGGUCUGCUCGGAGGACGUGGCUGGCCCAGACUGCCCUCUGCGCUGCUCUUCCUGCUCCUCUCUGGACUCGGCAGCAGACACAGAUCCUGAGGAUGGGGGCUUCCUGAGGCUUGAUGAAGCGUGUGAUCUGGAGGAGAGCUGGUUCAUCACCCCGCCACCCUGCUUCACUGCAGGAGGCCGGGCUCCAGUGCUGCUGGAGACCAGUCCUCUGGAGAACCUGCUGAUCGAGCACCCCAGCAUGUCUGUGUAUGCUGUCCACAGCUCCCGCCACCGGCCCACCAAGGACAACUCCUGCGAGCCCACCAUCCUCAGGACUGAAGUUCAGCGUAGGCCGAGUCAUCCCACUGACUGCUAUGCAGCCACUCUCGCUGCCGCCCAUGCCGGCUUCCUGGACCAGGCCAAAAACAGCCGCCUGGCUCAGAGAAUCCGCGACAACGUAGACCGCCAACAGCUGUCCCGCAAUGCCCUCCGCCGCCUUAACCUGCUCCGUGACGGGGGAGCCAGGCAGGCUAAAGCCGCCACAGGCCACGUUCACCAGCCCGGGCAGAGGCAGUACAACUACUGAGGCCGUCCCCACUGUGCUCCUCCAAACAGCUCCUUGUAGUAGCCCACCUCCACUGGUAAUCACGCCUUUUUCCACAGGAUGAAUCAGUAGCAUAGGUCACUUUACUUCAACGCAGGAACCGGUCUGCUUGAGCGCAUGUCCAAAUCGGGCGCCAUUCAGCUCUGUGGCUCCUUCCUGGAUGGCAUUGUAUUGUAAUUGUCCCGAAUCCUGCAGUGGAUAAUGUUCCAAGGUGUUUGUGUGUACUUUCUUCAACAUCCACAGUUCCAUAUGGUGUGACUGAGAAGUGCAUUUAUUUUGCAUCCUGUAACAUGGAGAACAUCUAAUGUCUUUCUGUAAAGCCAUAUUUCUUUUUCUUUUUGUUUUUUUUUUUUAUCACAGUAGUGAUUAAAUAAUCAGCAACACCUCUCUGGAUAAGAGUGAAGUGGCCUACUUUGUCUCUUUUAUUAGGUGUAUUGUCACUAAAAGCCUUGUUUUAGGAGUAGAUUCCACAAUGUGUAAAAUUAUAUUUUAAAGAAAAUUAAAAUAUUUUUAAAAGGAAAAAACAUAUUGAUAAUAUUCCAUAUCAGUAUGAAGUUGCUAUCUGCAGUGUACGGUAUGUGAGUUAGUAGAAUUGUUUUUCUUAUAAUAGUGUGCAGUUGUUGUAUGACUGUGUAGUGGUAGUCUUGAAACGGAUGUAUAAAAACUAAACUAAAGCCUAGUUUUAUUGUAAUACAUAUAUAUAUAUAUUUUUAAAAUCAUUGUUCGCUCUGUAUCUGCAGUACACUUCUCAGGGUCUUAUCAGUUCACCUGUACUCUUUACUAAAAUGCAGAUUACUUGACAAAUGUGUUAAUUAUCUUUGUAUAUACUGGAGAACCUCUAAAUUUGACAUUAUGUUCAUUGCCUUGUGGAAAUGUUUGUAAUUAAUGAUCAUUUUAAGCAAAAUUCAAUGCUCGCUUGUCUUAGGACUGUGAAAACACUUUUCUUGAUUGACUGUUAAGACCUGCAAACAUGGAGUAAAACUGUUAGUCUUCUUUUUCAGAAAUGUCUUGAUUUCUUCACACUAUAGUGAUCGUUCCAUGGUUUCAUUGUAUGCUUGAUUAGUUACAUGAAGAUGUCAUAUUUGGUGAAGUUCAUAUUUAAACUCCGUGUAGCAGAAAUGUCAGUCUAGUAAUGUUUGAAAUGUUGUUUUUUUGUUUGUUUGGGGUUUUUUUGUUGUUUUUUUUUCUUAAACGUGUUCUCUGAUCUGGCAAAUCUGGCAUUGUGAAUUUCUGACGACUGCUGAGACAAAUGAAUUGACUGCUAGAUAUGAAGUGCAGACUUGACUCAAAGGAAUAUUCAUGAUCUCUUGUGAACGUGAGUCUGGUCUUGAUUCGUCACCGUAUGGCUUAUAAGACAUACGGUGUUUCUGCGGACAGACAUGGGACGUAGACACGUUGUUCUGCGUGAUUUGAGUCUCCCUCACCCCUGUUACUGCUCGUUUUACUCUUUUUGGUUUUAUUUCUAGAAAAUAUAACAGACAAUGCAUUGUUUCUGCAGUUAAAGGGACUGAGUGAUGCAGCCGUUUCCCCAUUUCCCCACGUGUCUCUGUCUGGAAGAGCAGCUUUUCUCUUUUUCAUCAGUAGCCUGACUUUUAAUGUUUAAAAACAGGGAUUUUGUUUUGCCUUGAAUUGUCUUGAGGAUCUUGUGCCUUCCAGGUUAAACAGUGCGACAAUGCAUCAAUCACGAACUUGAAAACCUGUCCAAAGGGACAAAGGGACAGCAAAUGACUAUGCACAGGGGAAUAAACUUGUCUCUGUGAGCCACUCGCUCUGUACGUUUUACAUGCUAAUGUAGCAAAUGUUCUUUCUGUGUUCACGUGCUAAGGAUAGUUUGCGUGGCGGAGUGUUCAACUAUGCUUUCAUUCGUUUUUAGUUUACUGGAAUAAUGCAGCACUUUGCCAAAGGCGUAGGUGUUUUUAGCAACAUUUUGUUCUCCAUUCUUACAUUUUGGACUCAUACAAAAUGUACACCAAUUUCUCUCUCUCUCUCUCUUUUUGUGUAAGUAAUAUCAGUUUCAGUUGUGCUCAAAACAGUCCCUUGUCAGUAUAAUUUAUGUGCAUUUGUUUUUCAAUAAAUGUUUUCGUACAGAUUUUAA